AGGCAAAGACACCUUCCGGUAUCAACACUUGAUCAGGUGGUAGAGUGUACAGGAGGUUUUUGUUUGACAGAUUUAGCCAGGUACAUUAGUACAUGCACACAAACGAACAGUUACCAUAAAGAGUCAUGGUGUUUCUUCUUCCAGUGCCAUUGCAAGGCGUGGACAAGGGACGGCUGGCUGUGAGAAAUUGGAUGGUUGCUUGCUUGCUAGCUAGAUCAGUAGUCUGACAAUACUUUGUUCAGCUAUGCUAGCUAGCUAACGCUACUUAUUAGCUACAGAAUGACAGCUCCUGUCUGUGCUGUACACACACUUAAUUAGCAAGCCGAGUUUCGUCGUGUCGAGUUUUUUUGAAUGCCCUUAUGGAGUAUAGAGUGUUCUUUUCUGUGUAGUUUUCGAUGCACAUGAUCUGGUACUUUUAACGUUCUUGUCUCAAGGAUAACACCUUGCCCAUUUUCAUUACUAAGGGGAAUGAACCAUUAGCCAAGCUAACUUGAGCUGGUAAUGUUUGUCUGUUAUAUAUGGAAUUGUAUUCAGCUAGGUGCACGGAACAUGCGACAGUAGCUAGCAGUGUUUGUUCACAAUGUUCAGCAGAAAAAUGAAUGUCACCUCAGCGAAAAAUAAGCUACUUAAAGCUAGUGGCAUAACAGGCCUCAAAGACAAUCUUGAAGUGCGUGUGAAGUUAGAACGCUCGCCUCAAGUAGAUGAACUUGUCAAGUGCGAAAACAAGCGAAACCCUGCCCGUGUCUACACCGUGGCUACUGUUGGCAGUAGCAUUUCUCACGGUAUCCGAAUUAAAGUAGAACCAAGUCACGAUGAGACGCAGGCAAUCAAAGAAGAGGUGACAUCUGCAGAGCCCUGUCCCUCGGAAGCCAUCUCUCCCAAGCUGGAGCCGGACUGUGAGGGGAUGAGUGUGUGGGCUGUGCAAAUAAAAACAGAACCAGAAUCCGACUUCGACAUCCCGCAGCCAGGAGAGGCAGAUCUCAAGCCUGUUAAGAGAGAAGAUGAAGGAGAUCAAGACGUCAAGCUGGAGGCACCGGAGGAUGGUGCGUCAUUGGCUACAGUCCACGCUGGUCAGUUCUUCCCCUGUCCGCACUGCUCCAUGUCCUUCACCGACUGCUCCUACCUGGACAAGCACCUGAAGUGGACCCAUCAGUUGGAGUACCAUGCCCUCCUGGAGAAGCAGGCCUCCGAGGCUCCAGAGGGCCUCCAGCAGAUGGUCCAGUGCACCAGGUGCAACAGCCGCUUCUUCACCCUCCGGCAGCUCCAGGCCCACGAGCGCCAGGCUCACCCCAAACCCGUCGCCCCCCCGCCCCGCAAACGCCACACCUGCCCCCAGUGCGCCCGCAGCUUCCACUACCUGGCCAGCCUCCAGAAGCACUGCGUCCGCUGGCACAGGCUGCAGACGGUCUGCGCAGACGGCCAGCUCAGCUGCGCCCGCUGCGGGAAGAGCUUUGCGGGGACCUGGGGCCAGGGGCCGCACCACUGCCAGCUGCCAGGGGCCCCAGUGGAGCCGCAAGCCAAAACCGAAGCAGACGCCGAUGGGGCAGAUGCAGACAGCAAAGGUCCAGCCGAAAGCGGUCCUGACUGCAAGGAGCUGCUCUUCCCGUGCCCCGACUGUGGCAAGAGCUACCGGACGAUGCAGAGCAUGCGCAUCCACACGCGCUCGCACACGGGCGAGAGGCCAUGCGUGUGCUCCGACUGCGGCCGGCGCUUCAAAGACAGCAGCAGCCUGCACAAGCACGCGCGCAUCCACUCAGGCCUGCGGCCCUUCGCCUGCCCACACUGCGCCAAGCGCUUCGGACGCAUGACGCACCUCAACUCGCACCUGCUCACGCACACGGGCCUCAAGCCCUUCCCCUGCACCGAGUGCGGCCACAGCUUCAGCCACCGCACAGAGCUGCGCAACCACCUGCGCAGCCACUCGGGCGAGAAGCCGUUCCGCUGCGCCGACUGCGGCAAGGACUUCGCCAUCAUGGGCAACUUGCGCGUGCACCAGCGCAUCCACAGCCAGGAGAAGACGCACCAGUGCGGCGAGUGCGGCCGCAAGUUCGGCGACGCCGGCGUGCUCAAGAAGCACCUGCGCGUGCACACGGGCGAGCGGCCGUACCACUGCACCACCUGCGGCAAGCGAUUCACCCGCGUGGCCCACCUGAAGAACCACCAGCGCACGCACACCGGCGAGAGGCCGUACGUGUGCGGCGAGUGCAGCAAGAGCUUCGCCCAGUCAGGAGACCUGACCAAGCACAAGCGCACGCACACGGGGGAGAAGCCCUACGCGUGCCCCGACUGUCCGCGCCGCUACAACAACUCGGGCGACCUGGGCAAACACCGGCGCAGCCACACGGGCCUGAGGCCCUACGCCUGCCAGGAGUGCGGCAAGAACUUCAUCAUGCUGCACCACCUGAAGACCCACAUGCGCACGCACACCGGGGAGAGGCCCUACCUGUGCCCACACUGCCCGCUCACCUUCAGCCGGGCACACCACCUGAGUGGGCACAUCCGCAAGAGCCACUGAGGGGCGAGCGCUGGGCAAAGGGCUGUGGGCAUCGUGGUGAUAUGGUCACUGGUCACUCAAGGGCUGUGAUGCCAGAGGGCCACUGGAACAUGCAUAUUAUUUAUUGUUAUGAUUCAAGGCUCUAUUUUGACUACACUCUUCACUAUUUUGAAAUAAUGACUGACACUAACAGCAUGAAUUCUGCUAAUGAUGCCUCCUGUCCGAAACACUGAACAUUAAAAUAUAUAGAGCAUUGGAAGUAAAGUUAAACAAUAAAUCCUAAUUAGUCCAUGAAGUGAUUACUGACAGGAUUGCUGAUUUGCACUUUUGAAUUGUUACAAUAUCCGUUUCAGUGAGUCUGUGCCCUAUCUGACCACGGAUGUUGUAGGCCGUUUCUAAUCUCACAAAGGCAGGUGGGAUUUGGCCAUCCCUUAUGAAUUGGUAAAACAAAUGAACAGGUUCAUUUAUAAAUAUAUGCAGUAACUUACUAACAAGUAGAGUAGGGUUGAGGUUGACUUCCUCACAGUUUUGGUGUUGAUGUUAAUUUUCCCAUUGUUGCAUGACAGUGAUCACUUACCACAACACCAAAGCAUUGAUUGUUUCAAACACCAAAUGUGGAGAUGAUUGUUAACUUGCCGCAGAUGAAGGUACUUCUGGCUCAACUGAGGCCUGAUGCUUCAUUCAUCCCAAUGAUCAACUGUCAUUUAAUCUGCUGGUCAUAUGAUUAUAUCCUAAUUAUUACUGCUAUGACAUGCAGGGCUUUGACUACAGUGUGCGUUAUAAUGGCUAAUGCUUACAUCCAAAAGCUGCGUAAUUUAUUCCUGUCAGAUUGAGGUGGAGAGAGAAAUGAUGAUUGUUUGAAUUUUGUUUUCGUAUUUAUGAUCAUGAAAUAAAUAAACAUGAGAGGCCCGGCUUGACAAACUCUUUUUUUUGUUCUUGUUUCACAUUUACUGUUCACAGAGCAAGUAGUGGGGCAUUAUCGUGUAACUAGUAUUUAUCAAUACAUUUACCCAAUGGACUUAGGUGAAGGUCAAGGUUGGAAUGCUAUUUUCUUGGUCCUAUUUCCCUCCCUUUCUCUUUUCACUUUGUAUCGCAACAGUAGAUUUUAUUAAAUGGUAGUAUACAUAUAAAUCACUGAUUCAUUGAUGAUUGGCCCAAUCAUUAAUUAUGGAAAUACUGUGGUUAACUAUAACCAUGCAGGCCUUGGCUGUUAAAAUGCUUUGCCUCUUGUGUACAUAAAGCAAGUUUAAAUUCAACGCAGACUACCGUAUGUGUUUGCUAGCCCACUGGUUGGAUCUGCUACUAUCACUAGCUUGUUUGGUACGCCAGAUGUCCUUCAGCCAGCGACACUGUGUUUGUAUCUCUGACUACUAAAGUGCUUUCCAGUCAAGGUUAUUACAUUUACAAUGAAAGUCAACAAGAAUUGAAGAAAACAAUAAAAUAUUAAAGAGACUAAAAACAAAUGAAAUAUAUUGGACAUAUAAAAGUGAAAGAAUAAAAGAGAUAGAUGAGCAAAAGCUAAAACUAAUACAUCAAUAAAAGGAAAAUGGUUAAGACAAAUCAAAAUGAACAUAAGCAAGUCAAAUCUAAAAUGGACAAAAAAAGGAUGGAUAACAGAAAAAUAAAUAGGAACAUAAAACCAUAAAUAUGGAUAAAAGAACAGAAAAGAACCACAGUAAAAAAAAAAAACA